UGCAGCAGCUGCGGGCGCCGCCAACAGCUGCUGCUGAGGCGGAUUCCGAGCCAUGGCGCAAGAAGACCCGCAGCGGCAGCAGCGGCUCCGGCUCCGGCUCUAGUUCUGCCGACGGUAACGGUGUUGGUCAGGACCUGAGUAAGAUUGCGGUGGCACUGGCGCGCAUGAGGGAACACGACGUCGACGUGUGGCGGGUGCUAGCCCGCGCAGCCGCCGCCACCGCCCCAGACAUGGAGCCGCGGGCGCUGACGUCGGUGCUGUGGGCGUUCGGCUCGGCGCGCAUGACCCAUGGGCCACUGCUGGCGGCGGCGGUACGGGCCAUCCGCCUGGACAUGCCGCAGUACACAGGCCAAGACCUGGCGUGUGCCGCUUGGGCGCUGGCACGACUGGCGCCGCCGUCAGCGGAGACAGCCUCCGCUGCGCCCUCCAGGUCCGCCGCCGCUGCCGCGGCGGCGCGGGAGUUGCUGUACGGCGAUCUCUCAGACGCCGUCCGACGUCGGCUUCAGUUGCAGGCCUUCAAGCCUGCGGAGCUCACCACCCUCGUGGGUGCGAUGGAUGAAAUGGCCCAACACCAGCAGCAACAACAGCAACACCACCAGCAGCUUCAAGAUGGGGUACGACACCCGCGCCACCUCGGAUCUCGGCCGCUGCACGCCAGCCCUCGGCUGCUGCGUGUGGUGAGCCAAGCGGUACGCAAGAGCAUGGGCGCGCUGCCGGUGGGGGUGCUGGCGGAGGCGGCGGCGGCUUUCCAGCGGCUGGGGCACCAUGACCUGGGGCUGUACCGGGGCCUUGCUGCCGGCAUGCUGUUGCGACUGCGGCACAUGGAGCCGCGGCAGGUGGUGCGAGCGGCGGUGGCGUUGCAGGCGGCGGGGCAUGCGGACGGAGUGUUCUUUGGCAAGGUUCUGGACACCGCCCGCUCCAAGCUGUUCGCGUACAGCACCGGAGAGGUGAUGUCGCUAGUGGAGCUGUGCAGCCGCCUGGGGACCAGCGGCGCAGCCUCCGCCUCCGCCGCCACCUCCUCCUCUGUUGCUGCUGCCGAUGCUGAUCCUGCCGUACAAGGGGACGUGUACGGUAACGACAAGGAUAGCGCCUCUACCGGCACCGCUGCUGCUGCAUCUGGAACCAUUGCUGACCCAGAUGCGGAUUCAGCAUCCACCGGGGUCUUGGAUCCCGCCGUUGCCCGUGCCUUCCUGCACGCCGCCGUGCAAUACGCAACCUCCGCCGCUGACGGCGGCGCGCCCAACGAUCCACGGAACCGCACCGCUGCCAAUCGCGGCAAGAAUGUUGGCAGAGGCUUUGACGCAGAUGACGACGACGACGAGCACGAGUUCGUG